CAAUUAUUCAAUCAAUGGAAGAAGUUAACAUCAGUGAAGGGAACUAUGACAGGGAUUCUCACUUUAAAGAGUCAGAAUUUUUGCCAAAUUUCAAUCAGCCUCCUGCCAGGGGCACCACCGGACACCCAAGGGACGUCAGUCAUUCAAGAGAGCACCAAGGAGGCAGUGUUGAUACACAGUAUUCAACUCUCAGAUCAGAGACCAUUCCUCGGUCACCUGUGACUAGUGAUGAUGACAGGAUGGUGUACCUAGAGGACAUGACACCGUACUCUACAUUGAGGUCAGAACCGCUAGCAAAAUCACCUUAUCGGUAUGACACCAGUGGGAAAGGAAAAUCCCACCGGUCCAAGUCCUCUUAUCAAGAGCAUGAACUCACUCACGAUCUCACACAUGAUUCACAUCAGACCAAGAAAGAUGUUUACAGACACCCUCCUCGGGAGAAUAUCUAUUCAUCAACACAUAGACCCAAAAUCUCAGAACCACAGAGACUGGACAACGAGAUCAUAACAGAUUCAUUUCAUUCGGCUCUUUCCCAGUCCCAGAAAUCAUUAACACCUCACUCAUCAAAGGAGACCCACCCCAAGGCUAAAAAGCAGCAGACUUUUCAUCAAAGGACCGAUUUCUCCCAACAUGAAGAUCACAUCCCGACAUGCCCCACUCGGUCGAGAGACAGACGCUACUUGGAUAACACUAACAGAGACGGACACUACUCGGAUAAAACUAACAGAGACAGACACUACUCGGAUAGCACUAACACCCUGAUACAGCGUGACGAUAUUUUAGUCGAACCAAGCUCUAGCUCAUACCCAGACAGAAUUUCUAAUUUUCAACAUACAGAUCACUAUGACCAACAUCAUUCUGGAUUUUAUUCCAAUCAGUACCAGGGCACAAGUCGCAGAUAUCAGUUCAAAGAUUCAGAUUUAGCUCAUUUGGAUUUCUAUAAAAUUAAGUCCAACGAUAGAACAAGAGAGAAGCCACCGUAUUCCCCUGGUCAUCACCAUGACAACAGCAGAUACACUGUUAAGUUUGAUGACAAUGUAACCACCGACUCGCCUCAGAAUCCACGCCAGUCUCUUGAUUCCCAGUUCUUCAACGGACUAUCCACCCUCCAGUCACACAGCUCUCCACUGUGCACUUCCGAUACCUCCUUUUCAAGGAGAGCCACUAAAGGCAGCACCGACAAUGAAAACAUCUCCCAGAGAGACUUUUUCCAAGGCACGGAAUUUUCUGAAUCUUUGAGCUCAAUAUCUGACACAGAUCAAGCGAAUCCAUCUUUUAACAACAAUGGUCUGUCAAGCAUGGAUGACAAUGCAUUCACUACUGGAAUAGCUGCAUUAGAUGAGAAAAUUGCUAACCUUCAGCAGAAAAUUAACAGAACAAAAUCUAUAUUUUCAUAGCAGUUUUUUUUUUAGAUUUGAU